AUGACACUUGCAAAGUUGUCCAUACAUGAAAAAGAUUGUAUUCGAAAAAUUGAUACAACUGGGAAAAAGCAUAUUUUCUAUGUGCAAAACGAAAAAUACCAAUCAUUAAGGAGAAGAAACCGCAGAAACGAUAACAACAACAAAAAUAAAAAUCCUUGUAAAAAUUGCAAUCAAUCCAAUGAAUAUUUGGCGCUUUUGGAGAAACGAAUUGAACAAAUAGCAAAUAAAGUCGAUCAGCUUGCAAACAUAAACAAUUCUGAUGUCUCUCCUGAUUUCAAUAUAAACAAAAGUUCAAUCAAAAACAAUCCUGAUUUUUCGCAAAUGGAUACAGAUGACCUAAUAAAUAUAGCAACAUAUUUGAGCUCGAAUACAGCCCACUCCCUUACGAAUAUUUAUUUUCUUUUACCAAUUUCUAAUUAG